UAAUCAAAAUGGACCCAAAGUAAUAACUGAUCAGUGAAUGAAAUCCGUCUUUAAAAACGCCAGGUGUGUACUAAAUUUUGAGUUUUUACUGUUUUUAGUUGUGAAGGGUUGUUUUGUUUACAAAUAAUGCAGAACAAAAUAAUAAUCAAAUCCUCCAUGACGUCGGGCGCAUGCGCAUUUGUAAUGGGGUUACAGCUGUUUCCUAACAGCUCCCAGCUGAUCUUUGUUCAACAACUGCAAUCUCAUUUCGAAUUCUGAUACCGAAGAAAGCCUUUUAUUAAAGAGACAGGCAAUUUCGCACGUUUCACCGCCGCUUUACGUAGUCCACCUAAAUUAGCAAUGGACGCAAAAUCGAGUUGCUUUCAAUUUUGAUGAAAAUUACGUCCAGCAGCUUUUGUGUGUACAACACCUUCCCGAAAACAGGUGACGUAAUCGGAUAUUUACAAUUACUAUGCGCUCUCUCUACCUUUAUUUUACGUAAAUCUUCGCUAUAUUUAGAUCGCGAAGUAUUUAAAUUGAGUACGAUACACAAAGAAAACUGGAUUAGAAAGUAAACAUUUCAAAAAUAAGUCUGGCCUCCACCAGCGAGUCAUCGGGGGACGACGACGGUGGACAGCCGCCUCGUAAGAAAUCCCGAAAAGACGACUGCGUUUUUAUUGAAAACAUGCAGGCCGCGAGCGCAAGUAACGGGUGCAUCCAAAAUGGAACGACGACCGCCGAUAUCUCGACGGAAAACGGCCACGACGACGUACAGCUCGUCAGUAACGGCGUGGCAGACGCGACGCCCAUUGUUCCUUUGGACCAGACGAAUCAGGACAUCGUACGACUGAUGGGACAGUAUCUUAAAUCCGUGGGAUUAAAUCGUACCGCCGAAUCUCUUAUGACAGAAUCCGGAUGUCGUCUCGAUCAUCCGGCCGCCGCAAAGUUUCGUCAGCACGUAAUGGACGGAGAUUGGAAUAAGGCGGAUCAUGACUUGCACGAAUUGAAAUCGCUUUUGGGAGAGGCUAACAAUCUUGUGGAAAUGAAAUUCUUAAUACUGGAGCAAAAGUAUUUAGAAUACCUCGAAGACGGACGCGUUCUGGACGCCUUGCACGUACUCCGAAACGAGUUGACGCCGUUGCAACAUAACACGGUGCGUGUACACCAACUGUCUAGCUACAUGAUGUGCUCGAGUACUCAGGAAUUACGCUCUCGUACCAACUGGGACGGAAAGGGCACCAAAUCACGUGGCAUCCUAAUGGAUAAACUUCAGGCGUUUCUUCCGGCAAGUGUCAUGUUACCUCCGUGCCGUUUACGGUCAUUGCUCAAUCAGGCUUUAGAGUUUCAAACUUUACGCUGCCGCCACCACAAUACCUCUCAGGAUACUGUCUUUACAAACACGUCGCUUCUCAUCGAUCAUUGCUGUCCCAAAGAUUCUUUUCCCACCCACACUAUACAAGUUUUAAAUGAUCACUGUGACGAAGUAUGGUUUUGUCAAUUUUCCCCCGACGGUAUGAAAUUAGCGACCGGCUCGAAAGACACCAACGUUAUCAUAUGGGACGUCCAUCCGGAAACUUGCACCAUCACACCUAGGAAAACCUUAGAGGGCCAUUCGUAUGGAGCGGCGUACAUGUCGUGGAAUAGCGACUCGACGCAUUUAAUUGCCUGCGGUCCGGAGGAGAGUCCCGAAGUUUGGCUUUGGAAUAUUGAGACCGAGAAAUGUUUGAAAGUAUCGCAGUCUCCUGAAGAUGUAUUAACUUGCUGUGCUUGGAAUAAAGAUAAUAAUAAGUUUGUGGUUGGCGGUAUUCGAGGUCAUUUUUACCAAUGCGAUAUGGAAGGGAAUAUAUUGGACACUUGGGAAGGUGUCCGCGUUAACUGCCUUUGGUGUAGACAGGACGGUAAAUCCGUUCUCGCCUCCGAUACGCAUCAUCGAAUCCGUUCUUAUAAUUUCGACGAACUUUGUGAUAAUAACGUGUUGCAAGAGGAGCAUCCGAUUAUGGCAUUUUCUGUUGACCGCAAUGAUCGAUUGGCACUUCUGAAUGUCGCGACGCAAGGGGUUCACCUGUGGGACUUGCAGGAUCGGUGCUUGGUACGUCGUUUUCAAGGCGUGACCCAAGGACAUUUCACGAUACAUUCGACGUUCGGUGGCACCAAUCAAGAUUUUAUAGCGAGCGGAAGCGAAGACAAUCAAGUUUACAUUUGGCAUAUCAGAAAUGAAUUACCGAUAGCGACGUUGCCCGGCCAUACACGAACCGUUAAUUGCGUUGCCUGGAAUCCUGUACAUUGCAAUAUGCUGGUGUCCGUUUCGGACGAUUGCACGAUAAGAGUGUGGGGUCCAAAAGAUAAGGUGCCUAAGCCGACAGGUGUGUCUUCAUCCAGCAGCGAUUCCAGCAAUAACAGUAGCAGCACUUGGAACGACAUGGUCUCAUAGUGCCAAUAGUACAAUUGUUUUUAGAGUUUUUUAAUUAACCAAACAAAUUCUGACAAUUUUAUUGAUUGAAAGGUUGUAAUUUAAGGUGUAGAAUAUAACUGACGAGAUGUAUAAUUUAAGUAUUGCAUAUCUGUACAUUUUUUGUGACGAGUGUAAUUUGCGCAACACGAAAUUUUACUGAGCAUGUACCUACCUACUCUUGGUUGUAAUCGAUCGAUGUGGCAACUUCCAUAUUACUAUGUCGGUAUAAAAUUUAUUCGUUAAGGAAAUUUUUAUACUCUAAUUUAUGUGUUGUUUAUAUUUCAUUUAUAAAAAUAUUUAUGGUAGAAAUAAAUGCAAUUUAUAUGGCGGAUUGUAGAAA